AUGCCUAGCAAGUACGACGAUGGAGAAAGCCGCCUAAACGAGUAUGAAGUAAUUAAAAAGAUCGGAAAUGGAAGAUUUGGUGAGGUAUUCCUUGUAAAGCAUAAAAGGACACAAGAGUUCUUCUGCUGGAAGGCUAUAUCUUAUAGGGGCUUGAAAGAAAGAGAAAAGUCUCAACUAGUAAUCGAAGUAAAUGUGAUGAGAGAACUAAAGCACAAGAACAUUGUUCGGUACAUAGAUCGCUUCCUGAAUAAAGCCAAUCAGAAGUUAUAUAUCCUGAUGGAGUUCUGUGACGCAGGGGAUCUGUCAAGGAACAUACAGAAAUGCUACAAGAUGUUUGGCAAAAUAGAAGAGCAUGCAAUUGUAGAUAUUACGAGGCAGUUACUACAUGCAUUAGCUUAUUGUCAUAAUUUGAAGGAUGGACCAAAUGGAGAGAGAGUGUUGCAUCGAGAUUUGAAGCCACAAAAUAUAUUUUUAUCAACUGGGAUUCGCCACAUAGGGAAGAUAACCGCUCAAGCGAACAAUCUAAAUGGAAGACCUAUCGCCAAGAUAGGAGAUUUUGGACUUAGUAAAAAUAUCGGCAUAGAAAGUAUGGCGCACUCCUGUGUUGGUACCCCGUACUACUGGUCUCCUGAAUUGCUAUUGCAUGAAACGAAGAGCUAUGAUGACAAGAGUGACAUGUGGGCUCUUGGUUGCAUCAUCUAUGAACUCUGCUCGGGCAAGACUCCAUUUCAUAAGGCGAACAAUUUUUCGCAACUCAUUUCUGAACUGAAGAGAGGACCUGAAUUGCCAAUUAAAGGGAAGUCAAAGGAUCUAAACAUGUUGAUAAGGAAUCUGCUGAGCUUGUCUGCGAAAGAACGACCCAGCGCUCUGCAAUGCCUGGGGUAUCAGAUCAUUAAGAAUGUGGGUCUUCCUGGGGGAGGGGCGGUGAGUGUGCCUACCACUCUCGGUGCUGUCGUCACGAGGAGGAAUCCAUCCAAGGAGCAUGGCGGUAUGCAGCUAGCCACCAUGGAAAAUGGAGAAGUAGGCAAUGCAGGCAAUGCAGCCAGUGCAGUCAAUAGAGCCAAUGCUCCCAAUGCAGACAUUUCACAGAAUGUCCUGCUCAACCAAAGGAACGACGAACAACGCGGAAGCAGAAGCUCCAGCUGCGUCAGCAGACAGAGCGCCAACAAUGUUACGAGUAAGGAUGAUAGGAAGUACCCCCGUGAUGGAGCUACUACCUACCAUGCGGUUAAUGGGCACUACGGCGGUCUGGUUGAUAAGGGCCACGCGGAGAGGACCCGCAUCGAAAAGGAGAACGCGCAUCGAAAGGCGCUGGAGAUGAAGAUCCUGGAGAAGAAGCGAAUCGAGCGGCUAGAACGAGAGCGAGUGGAACGGCUAGAACGGGAGAGAGCUGAGCGACUAGAACGAGAGCGAGUUGAGCGGCUAGAACGGGAGCGAGUUGAGCGGCUAGAACGGGAGCGAGUUGAGCGGCUGGAACGGGAGAGAGCUGAGCGACUGGAACGGGAGCGAAUGGACCGCCUCGAACGAGACCGAUUGGAGAAGGCGCGGCGAAACUCGUACUUUCUCAAAGACAUGGAGAAUCGGCCCAGCGGAGGAGGCGGGCCAUCCGACGGGCCCAGCGUGGGGGCCAGCGACGGCAGGAGUCACAGCGGUGUGCGCAGCAGUGUGCACAGCAGCAUACAGAGCAGUGCGAGAGGUGGCGUACACGAGAGCGUACGAAGCGGCGUGCAAGACAGCAUACGAAGCGUCGUGCAUGACAGUGUGAGAAGUGGGGUACACGAGAGCAUACGAAGCGGUAUGCCUGACCAUGUGCGCAAGAGCACGACCAGUGCUGCGAAGGUCGAAGGGAUGGGGAACGGGAGAGCUCGGCCGCCAAGCCAAGGCACUCACGGCGGAAGCUUCUCCAAAGGGAAGGACACAAGUGACCCGGUAAGUAACUACAAGCCAUACAUAUAUGACAGUAGAAAAGGAAAGAACUACCACGAGACCUUUGAUAGGAGCGACUUGCAUGGCUACAUGAAGAAUAGCUCCAUAACCACGACGAUACCCUCAAGUCAUAUUAUGCAGAUACAAGGAAACACAGCAAUGAAUGUGAAUUCUAAGUAUCUGGGGGGAGGGGGAUAUGGAGGGUAUAGCAAUCAUAGCAGCACUGGUCAGUAUAUUACCAACUCGAUGGAGAGUCAAAAGUAUCGGGACCAUCACAAGUACAGUGUUGGGUUAGCCAAGAAUCCAAAGGAGAUAUACAAAGAGACGGGGAAUUCGAUUUGUUCCACGGAGUCGAAAUACGAACGGGUGUAUAAUCAUAGUAACAGGGGGGGGAGAAGUGGUGAUGGGGGAAGAAGCGGUGACGGAGCAAGAAGCAAUGAUCAUGGUCGAAGCAGUGAUCAUGGUCGAAGCAGUGAUCGUGGUCGAAGCGGUGACGGGAGGAGAAGCGAUAAUGGGGGUCGAAGCGACGACCGGGACGGCGGGACCUGCAAGAGCAACAGGGUGUCUAACAUCUACUUCAAUGACAACGCCAGGAGGAGCGUCAGCGCCCUGCCACACAUGAAUGCAAUAGACGAGAAAAGAGCUGUCAUGUAUAAUAACACCUUCGAUGAGGGUACCCUUAGUAAGAAGAGUACCCAAGUAGAUCGGAGUUACAAACACCUAGAGAAGGAUAGGGAAUAUCUUCUGGAGAAACGCAAGAUGCUUGUGGAGAAGGAGAAGGGCAUCUACGACCGAAUGCGCCACGGAAACGACUACGCGUAUGCGGCUGUGCGGGGAUUCGACCGAGGCGAAGACAAGAAGCCAAACGAGCUGGAUAGGCGAAACAGAAGCCUCUCCAUGUGCAUGAACGAGCAAGAGAAGCGAAGGGACUCCUCCACGUACAACGUGAAGAGGGAGUACCACGAGGAGCAGGAGCGGGGAGAACCGAGCAGCAGCUACACCGUGCAGAAGAGAAACAUGUACGCCUUGAAGAACUUCACGCACAACGGUUCGGACGCAUACAAGUGCAGGUAG